AAUGGCGACGGGCUCAUCCAUGUAGCUGUAAGAGCUGCGGUGUGCGGACGGGGCAGCAGAGUUGUGUGGAGUUGAACGUCUCCUGCUAACCUGCUACUUGUAAACAACAGCAAAGGAUGUGAUUUGGACGUUUCAGUUUUUCAGCUAACACUCUAUUCUUAACCAUGGUGCAGCCAGCGGAGAAAGCCUAUUAUCGCUUCGUGGUGCUUUUCUUUAACUGUCUGCUGACAUUUGGCUCCUACUUCUGCUUUGACAUCCCCAGUGUUCUGCAGGAUCAGUUUCAAGGGAACCUGACAUGUCCCAAUGCGACGGUGAUCAAUGGGACAGUGGACUGUGUGGAGGGACUGGGGAUGACCCCUCAGGAGUACAAUCUUCUCUAUGCCAUCUAUGCUUGGACGAAUGCAGUGGUGGUGAUCAUGGCUGGAUUCCUGAUUGACAAAUUAGGAAACCGCUUCGGGGUGUUUCUGUUCUCCUUUCUGUGUGUUUUGGGCUCGUCCCUGUUCGCACUGGGGUCCCACUUCAAAGGAACUCCCUAUCUGCUGCCACUGAUGCUCACAGGCCGGCUCUUGUUUGGAUCAGGCAAUGGAUCGCUAACCAUUGUUCAGAACCGCAUCACAGCUUUCUGGUUCAAAGGAAAAGAGCUGGCUUUGGCUUUCGGUGUGACCCUGGCCUUCUCUCGCCUGGGUUCAGUCCUGAACUUCUUCUUCACCCAGAAAUUUGAAGAAAACCAUGGCAUGCAGUGGACACUCUGGGGUGGAGCACUGCUGUGUGUGCUGGGCUUCACCUCUGCUGUCAUAGUCAGUGCGUUGGACAAGAUUGGAAUGAGGCAGCUGGGUCUAGAUGGAGCCAUCCAAGAAGAGUCCCGCAAAGUGAGAAUUCAGGACGUGAAACUCCUGUCGCUACGAUACUGGCUGCUGGUUCUCACCAUCAUGUUCUUUUACAACGGCAUCUUCCCCUUCAUCGCAGAUGCCAGCAAGUUCAUUCAGGAUAAGUAUGACGACUACAGUCAGAAGGAGGCGGCUUACAUCGCAGGGGCAGUUUAUGACUGCUCCCUGGUCCUCUCAGCCGGCGUGGGCAUUCUCAUAGAUUAUGUGGGUCUGCGGGGCAUCUUUGCAGUGGCGUGUGCUGUCUUCACGCUGCCUGUGUUUGGGCUCCUGGCCUUCACAUUUGUCCCUCCUCUGGUGUCCACCAUCUGGCUGGGAGUCACUUAUUCCUUUGCAGCUGCGAGCAUGUGGCCGUCUAUUCCCCUCGUCGUGCCUCAGGCGACUCUGGGAACAGCCAUGGGUCUGGCCACCUCUGUACAAAUGAUUGGCAUUGGGGUGUCCAAUCUAGUUGUUGGACAGAUAUUAGGUACCAAAUCAAGUGAAACUAAGAUUCCGUUGUGGCGUUGGCAGAGGAUGAUGAUCUUCAUGUUGGCCAACACCAUCUGCUGCAUUGUGACCUCAGUGCUGCUUAAUAUCGUGGAUCGCAGACAGGGCGGGACCCUGAACAAGACAACCAAGAGGUCGGCACAGGCAGCAAGAGACUCAGACCGAGAACCGCUCAACCCUGGAGUGGAAGAGCAAAAUGAGGAUGAUGAUGAGGAUGGUGCUGUCAGAUCUCCUUCUAUCAACUCAUGAGUUGUUAAUACUAAUUACUGCUAGACCUGUGAUUAUCAGUUCUUCUCUUUUUAAUAAAUGUUACAUGCAGUUGCUUUAGGAA